UAAUAACAAGCACUACUUCUCAUCCAUACACCUGCUUUCAACAACAAGAAAGCGGCUGUCCCUUCAUUUCGUGUCCUGCGUUCCCCUCGGUCCUCGAUCCUCUACAUCUCUUCUCGUGAUCUCUUUUUCUCCUGACCACCACUUUGUUGGUCGUCAAGAGACAUGGCGAACCGCACUCGGUUCUACUUCUACGCGCCUACAUGGGACAUUCCUGCUGAAGGGCCGAUUAAGAUUGGUAAUGUCCUCAGGUCGAUCAAGAACCCAGAGACACCGCUGGCAACAGUCGUGCCGCUGUCUACCAUCCCAAUCGAGAAGACGGACGUAGUCAUCUCGCAUGCUGAGCUUCGGCAAGGCCGGUUCACCAUCCUGACGAGAUUCCUGGACGUCCUGAAGUUCGGUGGCGGUGUCGGUUGGGGCAACAACGCUGAGGCGCUUCAUUCGUACGAGCGACUCGUAACGAACCAGUUCUUCCCUGACGAGGAUUACCUGCAACAGUGCCUCGAUGCACCACGUGUGAGGCGAUACCUGGAGCUUUCUCGCUCCAAAAAGCCGGUCUACGUCAUCACGGGCCUCAAGACCGUCCACGGCGCCAGCGCCGAGUCACGUACGUCUCACAGCCGCGGCGGCCACCUCAAGGGUGGGGUCGACCCCACGCUCCCGAGCGGCGGCGUGGCGGCGGCGGUGGAGAUGAAUGCCGACCUGAGCAGGGAUAGAAGCACGGGAGUGGCUUGGGGCGGCAGCGAGCCCUUUGUUCUUGCCUUCAGGGUCCAGAGGGUCUAUGCACAUGAGAAGACGGGCGAGAUCCGCAAGCAGGGAGACUACAAGCGUGGUGCCUUCCUGGGGAACGAAACGAAGGGGGAUGUCGGAGAUGGAUCCGUAUUUUCCGUCUCGAAGACGGAGGACCCCGAGGACGAAGGGUACGGCAAUAUCGAGGUGACCGAGGGCGAUUACGAGGUAGUCUGCGCAUUCGCCAAGGAGGUUGCUGAGCGGGAAGGCUCCGGGCAGGUGGAGUGAGGGGCCACAUCUUGCAAAAUGCCUGGUAGAAGAGAACUGCCACACAAUUCCCAAUUUAGGUUUGGUACUGCGCAAAAUAUCUCUUCAGGCGUGGAAUGCGCACAAACUGAGAACUAAACAAAGUACGAUUUCCUGCUCCCUUAUCAUCCCUGGCCCAGUGGUCUAUCAUUGAGAGAGUAAUUCCUUGAGUUUCCUGUGCACCUCAUCCUCGC